AUGACCUUCAAUGGAAGGUUUCGUGCGACGCUGCGCGGCAUCAAUAUUAGAAAUGCUUCAAUGACUUCGUUGUCAUUGACAGGAAGUCAUGCACAAAAGCAGACGGUUUUAGGGAGCACUCCGGGGGCAUUGGGCACAAUACCGACAGUGGCCCUUAACGGAGUGAACCCACUGCCCCGUUACCGGCACAAUCUGUUGUUUGGUACACUUUCAUUUGGAGAUCGCUGGGAUCGUAUUCAGCGUCGGUUGGCUGUUCUUGGGCGGGCGUCUACUGGAAAUGUGGUAGUUCCGUUUAGUGACAGUGCUGACGCUUUCCGACGUAUGUGGGAGUCUGUCGAUUCUGCCAGUGAUUCGGUCCUGUGGCAAACGUACAUUUGCAAGGACGAUUUCGUCGGGCAAAAAACGGUCAAGAAGUUAGAGGAAGCGCAUCGUCGCGGGUGUAAAACAGAGUUGCUGUACGACUGCGGGGGAAACAUAACUGGACGCAGGCGGCUGGUGGGUGACCUCAAAAAGUCUGGAGCUAACGUCAUUGAACAUCGUCCCAUGUGGGAACAUUUUUUCCCCUACUUCCUCAGGGGGAUGAAGUGGGAGCUCAGUCCAGGUAUACGUAACCACAGAAAAAUCCUUAUCGUCGACAACAAGUUGGGUUUCUGUGGUGGCCUCAAUAUUGGGGACGAGUACUGCGGUACGAGUGAGGGUGGAAAUGGACGCUUUAGGGAUACACAUUGUGUCGUCAUGGGUCCCGCCGUGAUGCACAUGCGCGAAGUAUACGAAGAUACAAAGGCGCCAAAGCCAUGGAAAUGGAGCUUAGCCCGGUGGCGACAGAUUGCAUCAGCGACAAUGAACCUUCGGUACCUUGAGGGUAUGAAUGUGAAACAUGACUACCUGGAGCCCACCACGACGUUUGUGCGCCAGGGCGGCGGUGUUUACCUCCGCCGCCAGAUGGAGAGAGCGGAACGUAGCACAGUCCGUAUGAUGGAACGGAUGCGAUGGAAACGGCAGCGUGAGCGCCUGAAUCGAUGUCUGCUUACGCUCGCGAAAAACCUUCGCGAGGGGCAGGGGCUUGUAUUCAAAGCCGCAACAGGUAAAGGCGAUGACGUGGCAACCACGGAUGCGGGAAGCAAGAGAAACAAUGAGGUGUCUCAUGGGCAAUGGAAACUGAUGAAGCGCCGCAUCGACGAGUACCGCCAGCGUGCAAUUAAAAACGCCGAGGAAUCCUUUUUCCGUAGGUUGAGGGUGGUUAACCCAUCGAUGCGCCUCCUUGAAGACACCUCACCCGUUGCGGAAGCUGAGGCAUAUGGUCAAGCGCAUGCCGCUGUGACGCAGGUGCUCUCCUGUAAUCCCCACUCACGUGACUGGUCCAUUCCUUAUGCCUUUUGGCAAGUGUCAAAGUUUGUUCACCAGAGAUUGUGGGUUACCACUCCUUAUUAUAUGCCUCACAGGAAGUUAAUGCGUGCCCUUCAGUUGGCUGCUCGCCGUGGUGUCGAUGUCCGCAUCCUCGCAGGAAGCAACCGGACAACAGACCCAUGGUUCAUGUGGUAUGCAUCGAAUUAUAUCACGGGUAUGCUAAUGGCAUCGGGGGUUCGCGUCUACGAAUAUAAGGGAGGGCAGGUGAUGCACGCUAAAACAGUGGUAGCGGACAGCAUAUGGACCUCCAUCGGGAGUUACAACUGGGACAUGAUGAGCAAUAAGAAUAUGGAAAUUUGUGUUUGCCACCUGGACCACAAUUUGGCUCUAACUAUGGAAAAGCAGUUUCUUGACGACAUGAAUGUGAGCGAGGAGGUGAACUAUGAAGAAUAUCAACGGCGCUCCUUGUGGCUACGGUUCUCCUCGUGGUUUUUCUACACCGCUUUGCGGAUCGCGGAGAAGUUCACGUUUCGAACCUUCUGGGAUCCCGAUCUCUCCUCCGAGAUAGACUAG